UGAAGACCAUAAAACUACGACGCAACAUUAUAACUUCCCGAAUUCAAGUAUAAAUCUUAAUUUUCUGGGAUUAUUCACGUCAGUUUGUGUUAAGAUGAAGUGUGUAAUCAAUUUCUAAACAGAUUUUACUACUCUUUCUUCUUAAGUAAAGAAAGAAAAUGCAGUGACAAAAACUUAAAUGUUUUGAAAAAUAUAUGAGCGUUAUAUAUGUUGAUGGAAUAACACAAAGCUAUGAAACAAUCCAAAUCAGCCAUAUCGGCUACAUGAUUUGCUGAAAUUAAUAACUUACAAGUGAUAGAGCUAUCAAAUCUUAUACAAAAUGAAUAACAAAACAAUAAACAAGGAUGCAUUGCUUGAACAGCUUAACAACGAAAAAGCAGUUCUGAUGAUACCUGCUUUUGUGUAUUUGGUGGUUUUAAUGCUGGCUGGAAUAAGUGGCAAUGUUUUAAUUUGCUACUACUACGGUUGGAAAUCAAGAAGAAGCUCAGACAAUAUGUUUAUUCUCGGAGUGGCGAUGUACGAUCUUAUCUUAUGCACUUUGUCAAUUCCAAUUGAAAUUGUGGACAUAAGAUUUUUCUACAAUUUCCCUUACGCCGGUGCUUGUAAAGUUAUGAGAUUUGUAACCUACUUUGCAGCAAUUGGCAGUGUGUUUACACUAAUAGUAAUUGCUAUUGACAGGUACAGAAAAAUUUGCAGACCAUUCAACAAGCAGUUCAGAAGUAAGGAGGCUAAAAUAGCAUGUGGGAUUUCUAUUCCGUUUUCGUUGUUGCUGUCCUGGCCUGCAGCCGUAUUCUACACGUCUGUACCUGUGGAUAUAUUGACAGAGGAUGGCAUCGAGCUGCAAGGGUUUGACUGUACAACUACAAGAGAAGCCUCAUACAAGAUAUAUCUGUGGAUUUUCAAUGGAUUUUUUCUUCUUGCUUUUAUAAUUUCGGCCAUUAUUCUUUUUGUGCUGUACAGUCUUGUUGGAAGAACUAUAUAUAAACACCACAAAUCACAAAUUAAGUACACUCGACCAAAAUCGUCAUACUCUCAUACCGUUGAAAGUCAUGUGACCGAUAACAACAGUCCAAAAGUAAGCGUACACAACAGAAAGAAAAAUCGUGAAACAGAAGGUGUCAGUGAAGCUCAUUCUACCGGAAGUGAAAUUCACACUAAAAUUGUUCCUAACAAACCAAAAGAACACGUUAGCGUCAAAACUAUGAAAUUUACAACAGUAAUGUUUGUUAUAACGACAGUAUUUAUUGUUAGCUUUUUGCCACACCUAGCUUUGUCACUCUGGAGAGCAUUCCAGGGCACAUAUGAAGGGGAAACUCUUUCUGGCGCUGGAUUAGUUGCCUUUCAAAUUGGUCUGCGAUCAUAUUUUCUGAAUUCAGCAAUUAACCCUUUAACCUACGGAUUUUUUAACUCGAAAUUCCGAGCAUUUUUCUACAUGACGUUCUGUCCGUAUUGCAAAAGGUUAACUGAUAGGCGCACGGUUUCCUCGAGUUCUGGUACAACUGCACAAUUUCGAAUGCACCCUCUAACCUCCCACUGAAAUUCUUCUCAGGGACGUUGACAUGUCAUAUUCAUAUAUGAUAUGUCUUAUUAUCAUAGACUACUUUACCAUAAUAUAAAACCAAUUGAAUGUAUUUUGAGACAGUAUAUAUAAAAUAUAAGUGUUGUUAUUAUAUAUUAAAUAUGAAAAUGUGUUUAAAACUGUGAGUAUCCUUGUUUAUGACCUUGGCCUUUGGAUCUGAAUCUUUUAUGCGACCAGGGUUACCAAUGCAGGAUUCCUUCUUAUCAUGUUUAACAUAUAGAACAAGCUUCGAUAGAAUAUCUGUAAAAAAGUUACAUUUUUAUCUGAAUCACGUUUUAAUGCAUGUUUAUAUACUGGUAUAAAUAUAUGAAUGUACACGAAA